UGAGGAGAGGAGAGAGAGAGGAGCUCCAGGAGAGAGAGAACGAGGAGAGGAGUCCCUGCACCCCCAGGAGAGAGUGAGAGCCGGACCGGCUGGACCCCGCGAGGAGGACCCGAGAGAGAUCCACGUUUCCAGGGGAGAGGCCUCACACCAGGGCUGCAGCAUGUUUACUUCCGUGAAGGCCUUCGAGGGGCAGCAGUACUCCACCCUGAAGAGGCAGUGCCUGCAGAGCGGCCUUCUCUUCGAGGACCCCCGAUUCCCUGCCUACGACGACUCGCUCUUCUCCCAGGGCAACAGGAUCGGACGCGUGGUCUGGAAGAGGCCUCGGGAGCUGUGUGAAGACCCCCACCUGUUUGUGGACGGCAUCAGCGCCCACGACUUACAUCAGGGACAGCUGGGGAACUGCUGGUUUGUAGCAGCCUGCUCCAGCCUGGCCUCCAGAGAGUCUCUGUGGCAAAAAGUCAUCCCCGAUUGGAAGGAGCAGGAGUGGGACACGGAGAAGCCGGAAUCGUACGCCGGCAUUUUCCACUUCCGCUUCUGGCGCUUCGGGGAGUGGGUGGACGUGGUGAUCGACGACCGGCUGCCGACGGUGGACAACCAGCUGGUUUACUGCCACUCCAACGACAGCAAUGAGUUCUGGAGCGCGCUGGUGGAGAAGGCCUAUGCUAAGGUGUACGGCUGCUACGAGGCGUUGGACGGGGGAAACACGGCAGACGCUCUGGUGGAUUUCACCGGCGGGGUUUCAGAGCCCGCCGACCUGCUGGAGGGUCAGAUGGCGACGGACGAGGUCGCCCGAAACCAGCUGUUCGAACGAGUCCUCAAAGUGCACAACAGAGACGGCCUGAUCAGCUGCUCCAUCAGGGCGACCACGAUAGAGGACAUGGAGGCUCGGCUGGACUGCGGUCUGGUGAAAGGCCACGCCUACGCCGUGACGGACGUGAAGAAGGUGCGGCUCGGUCACGGGCUGCUGGCCUUCUUCAAGUCGGAGAAGCUGCACAUGAUCCGCAUGAGGAACCCCUGGGGAGAGAAGGAGUGGAGCGGACCCUGGAGCGACAGCUCGGAGGAGUGGAACAAGGUGAGCAAGAGUGAGAGAGAGAAGCUGGGAGUCACGGUUCAGGACGACGGAGAGUUCUGGAUGACGUUCGACGACUUCUGCCAAUACUUCACGGACCUGAUCAUGUGCCGCCUCAUCAACACCUCCUACCUGAGCAUCCACAAAACCUGGGAGGAGGAGGUGAUGCGGGGCUCCUGGGUUCACCGUCAGGAUCCGCUGCGUAACCGCUCCGGAGGCUGCAUCAACCACAAGGCCACCUUCCUGCAGAACCCCCAGUACGUGUUCGAUGUGAAGAAGCUGGAGGAUGAGGUUCUGAUCUGCUUACAGCAAAAGGAGAAGAGAGCCACCCCCAAAGAGGGCAAAGGGGAAAACCUGGCCAUAGGAUUCGAUAUUCACCGGGUAGACACACUUAGUAAACACCAAUACAAACUGUUUCCGCUGCAGGUGGAGCUGAACAGGAAGUACCGGAUGCACUCUGCGCAGCAGAAAGUGGCCGGGUCCAUCUACAUCAACUCUCGCUGCGUGUUCCUCAGGAAGGAGCUGCAAGAGGGUCGAUACGUCAUCAUCCCCACCACCUUCGACCCCGGGCAGCAGGGAGACUUCCUGCUGCGGGUCUUCACUGACGUGCCUUCAGACUGCAAAGAGCUGACUCUGGACGAGCCUCCUCAGACCUGCUGGACGGGGAUGUGUGGAUAUCCUCAGCUGGUCACUCAGGUCCACGUGAUGAACGCCGAGGGUCUGCAGGGGCAGGAGAACAACGGAGCGGUGGAUCCGUACGUGAUCAUCACCUGUGAAGGAGAGAGGGUUCGCUCCCCGGUUUAUAAGGACACUCGCUGCCCGAACUUCGACAUCAAAGGCCUGUUCUACCGCAAGAAACCCAAGGAGGGGAUCCACAUCGAGAUCUACAACAAGAACAUGAUCGUGGACACCUUCCUGGGUCAGGUGAUCCUGUUCAGCGACCCCAACGAGCGGCAGGAGCUGCACACCCUCCACCUCCGGGACAAGGGCAGCCGCCAGGACAACGACCUGCCGGGAACGCUCACUGUGCGCCUCAUCACCUCCACCGCGCUCACCAACAUCUGA